AUGGCGUUACAAGAACAAAAGAUGAUAGAUAGAGAGAAAGAUAAUAAAUGUGAAACAUUAAGUGAAGAUUUGAUUCCAGGAACUGUUCAGUUGAUUGAUAUAAAUGGCACUUCCGAAGCUAAAAAGGAUGAGAAUUCAUCAAAUAAUAUCAUUCUUCAGCCCCAACCAUCGAGCAACCCAAACGAUCCUCUCAGAUGGAGUAAAGCCAAAAAAAAAAAGCAGUUUUGGUUAUUAUGGGUUUGGUCUUUUCUUCUUGCAGUGGCAACAAAUUGGGAUGGUCCCGUGUGGAGCGACUGGACGAUAGAGUUUAAUUGCACUUUUACACAGUUGAAUAUUUCAGCCGCUAUCUGUUACUUGUUUCUUGGUGUGGGUUGCGUUUUCUUACAACCAACCGCAAUGAAAUUGGGCCGAAGAUUCGUUUACUUAUUAUGUACUAUUUUAGUUAUAGUGGGCAACAUAAUUGGUUCGCAGGCAAUUUCGGUUGACUAUUUAUAUGUAUCAAACUUAUUGAACGGCUUUGCUGCUGCGCCAGUCGAUUCGUUAGUAGAAAUUUCUACUACUGAUGUAUUCUUCCAACACGAGCGAGCAGAAUAUUUAUCGUGGUUUGUUUUUGCCCUCUAUGCUGGUUCAGAUUUGGGACCCGUGGCUUGUGGCUUUAUUAUCGAAACGAUGAGUUGGCGUUGGUGUUUCUAUUUUCAGGUAAUUUUCUUCGCAGUAUUAUUAGUGAUACAACUUUUUUAUAUGGAAGAUACAACAUUUGAGAGGUCGGAGGAUGAUAAUAAUAGUUUUUCCGUACUGCCAAAUAAAAUAAACUUAACUAUACGAAAUGACAAAGACGAAAGUAAAUUUCAUACAAGCUAUGCCGAAAAUGUGUCGGAAACUGACGAUAAUUCCAUUGACCAUUCGAUCGUCCUUAGAACAUAUUGGCAAAGAAUGAGAUUAAUCGAGCUUGAAUUUACUGAUUCUAGAUCAUGGCUUGAAAUAUUCUAUAAGCCUUUCAUCUUGGUUACAUUUCCGGCUAUUGUUUGGGGUGGAAUUAUAUAUGGGUCUCAGAUGAUGUGGUUAUCGUUAUUAGCAACGACCCAAUCGGAGAUAUAUUCCGAUGAUCCCUAUAACUUUUCCGCUGACAUGGUGGGUUUGACUAAUUUAGGUGCCAUGUUCGGAUCGCUUUUUGGCAUGGUAUACGGCGGAAAAUUUGUUGAUUAUUGCACAAUUAAAUUAGCUACAAGUAACGGUGGGAUAUUAGAACCGGAAUUUAGAUUGUGGACCAUGAUUAUUCCAACCAUAUUCAAUGCAGCUGGCCUCCUUGCUUAUGGCUUAGGUUCGGUAUAUGCGGCAGACUGGCCUGUAUCAGUCAUCGUGGGACAGGGAUUACUAGGAUUUGCUAUGAGUUCAUCGGGAUCUAUUUGCUUGACUUAUGCUAUUGACUGUUAUCCAAAAUUAGCAAGUGAAGGUCUAGUCUUGAUGCUUUUCAUUAGAAAUUGUAUUGGAAUGAUUUUUACAUUUGCGAUACAACCUUGGCUAGACCGAUGUGGAUUGAAGGUUACAACAUGGUUGAUGUUCAUGAUUUCCAUUGUUAUAAAUGGUAGUUUUAUUGUGAUGUUGAAAUGGGGUAAAGUUUUUAGAAGAAAAACAGCUAACAGAUAUUAUCAAUACUCCGAAGUUGCUAAUAAAAAAAAUGGAAAUGGGAAGAUCACUACUUCAACGUGA